AUGUUGUUGACCCUUCUCUCUGCAUUUCCUUUAUUCUCUUCUUUUCAUAUGGGAAAUCCCAGCGUCCCUUGCGGUUGCACCAGUCCGCCAGGAACUUGCCUGGUGGCGCAUUUUCCUCAUUUUCGGCGCAAUAUGCCUCUUGGGAAUCUGUUCCUGAUCUAUCUAUCUAUAUAUAUAUCUAUCUAUCUAUCUAUCUAUCUAUCUAUCUAUCUAUCUCAGUCUGUUCAUGAUCUAUCUAUCUAUCUAUCUAUCUAUCUAUCUAUCAGUCUGUUCAUUAUCUAUCUAUCUCAAUCUGUUCAUAUCUAUCUAUCUAUCUAUCUAUCUAUCUAUCUAUCUAUCUAUCUCAGUCUGUUCCUAAUCUAUCUAUCUCAGUCUGUUGCUGAUCUAUCUAUCUAUCUAUCUAUCUAUCUAUCUAUCUAUCUAUCUAUCUAUCUAUCUAUCAGUCUGUUCAUUAUCUAUCUCAAUCUGUUCAUAUCUAUCUAUCUAUCUAUCUAUCUAUCUAUCUAUCUAUCUAUCUAUCUCAGUCUUUUCAUAUCUAUCUAUCUAUCUACCUAUUUCAGGCUAUAUAUCUAUCUAUCUAUCUAUCUAUCUAUCUAUCUAUCUAUCUAUCUAUCUAUCUAUCUCAGAUAUUUCCUGUAUUCUUUUAUACUUUUCUAUUAG